AUCUCUGCUGUGAAUCUAAUGUAUAACCGUAAACCGUGUAGGUUAUGGCACAAGUACAAGAAGAAAAGGGAAGUUCGAAACUUGCAAAUUGCGAUGAUUAUUUUGAGACAAUCCAGUCCAGGAAGAAAUUGCCCUAUUCGUUACAGGAGUCUCUAACCGCUGCAUUUGCAAGGAUUCCUGUUUCAUCCUUCCCAGAGGUUCCAGGGGGUAAAGUGGUCGAAAUUCCGGCUGAUACUUCCAUUGGUGAUGCUGUCAAGAUUUUAUCUGAAUGCAACAUUUUGUCUGCUCCUGUGACAAACCCAGAUGCUGAGGGUAGUCUUGAUUGGAGGAAUUGUUAUUUAGGAAUUGUAGACUAUUCUGCAAUCAUUCUCUGGGUUUUAGAGACCGCAGAACUCGCGGCAGUUGCUUUAUCAACAGGUUCUGCAACUGCCACUGGUGUAGGUGCUGGUGCUGUUGGAGCUCUUGGAGCAGUGGCCUUGGGUGCAACUGGUCCUGCGGCUGUUGCAGGGCUCACUGUUGCUGCUGUUGGGGCUGCAGUGGCUGGUGGUAUUGCUGCUGAUAAGGGGAUGGGAAAGGAUGCUUCCACUGCUGCUGAUGCUCUGGGAGAGGACUUUUACAAAGUUUUACUUCAAGAAGAACCCUUUAAAUCAACAAAAGUGAGAUCAAUACUCAAAUCCUUCCGUUGGGCUCCUUUUCUUCCUGUUGCAACUCAUAGUUCCAUGUUGAGCGUGUUAUUGCUGCUUUCAAAAUACAGAAUGAGGAAUGUACCUGUAAUUGAAACUGGCAAGCCGUAUAUGAAGAAUUUCAUUACUCAAUCAGCAGUUAUACAUGGCCUUAAAGAGUGCAAGGGAAGAGAUUGGUUUGAUUGCAUUUCUGGACGUCCAAUCUCUGAUUUUGGACUUCCUUUCAUGUCUUAUAAUGAGGUUAUUACCGUCGAGAGUGAUGAGCUGAUUCUGGAAGCUUUUAAGCGCAUGAAAGACAACCAAGUUGGUGGACUUCCUGUCAUUGAGGGCCCUCAAAGGAAGAUCGUGGGGAAUGUUAGCAUUAGAGACAUCAGGCACCUAUUGCUCAAACCUGGACUUUUCUCCAAUUUCAGGCAACUCACUGCAAAGGACUUCAUUAACACCCUCACUUCAACACAAGAAUCUGGGAAUGUUGUCACACCAAUAACAUGCAAGCCUGAUGCUCUCCUCGGUAAUGUGAUUGAAAUUCUUGCUUCCAAAGCAGUUCACAGGGUUUAUGUGGUGGCUGCCGAGGACGAUGCAGUUGUCGGUGUCAUUACUCUCAGGGACGUGAUUUCUUGCUUCAUCUUUGAACCUCCUAGCUAUUUUGAGGAUUACUUUGGGUUUUCUGCCAAAGAAAUGCUGAACCAGUAAUACUUAUAUAUUUUGGGUCAAUAAUAACUGUGGUUGAAAGACA